AUGUCGGGAGAUACUGAGAUAGAUGAUCCUGAGGUUUCGGAAGGCGCCUCGGAGAAUGAGUAUAGUGAGCAUGAACAAGACGACCCCGAUGCUGUAGGUAGAGAGGAGGACGAUAAUACAGAUAUGGCCGAGCAGAAGUUCAGACCAGACGGGGAGGAAAAUGGGAAGUCUGGAUCGACAACAACAAAGCCAAAGUUAGAUCCCAAAGAUCCAUUAAGACCAAGGAGAAAGAAAGCUAGAAGAGCUUGUUUUGCAUGUCAAAGAGCUCACUUGACCUGUGGCGAUGAGCGCCCUUGUCAACGUUGUAUCAAACGAGGUCUAGCAGAUGCUUGUCAAGAUGGUGUCAGGAAAAAGGCUAAGUAUCUUCAUGAUGCGCCUCCUGAAGCGCUUCGACCUGUGCUGGGUCCUAACUACAAUCAAGUCAACAAUUCUCGGUCCAACAAUGGCCCUCCUACAACUAGUACUUCGGCUUCCGAUACAUCUCCUGGAGCCAGUGGCUUCUUUUCACAGGCUGAUGUAUCCCCGUCCUAUCCUAUCUACAACUCUCAGCAAAAUCCAAUGCCGCCUCCUUUACAAGCACGGCUUUCGUAUGGAAGUCAACAAUCCCCUUUAUCGCCUACCUUUCAAAAUCAAGUCAAUCGACAAGCUGCAAUGCAAGGGUUGUCAUCAGUAAAUCAAGGAUCGGCAGACGUCCAGAACAAUUUUGGUGGUGCGCUUUUCGAUCCCAGCAAUCCAGCCUUGUUCAACUUUGACCUAGAAGGUCUCAAUUUUGGAAACCACUAUGGUGCAUUGGAAUUCAGCGUUUUAGGACAUAUGUCCUCUGGAGCUGCUGAAACUCCAUCAAAGGACUCGAUAUCGUCACAGGGUAUGAACGGUGUUAGUUUUAACAACGGAUCCGUAUUUGGAAAUAACAUGGAUCAAUAUGGUCAAAUGUAUCCCCAAGAGAUGCUUUCAGAGUUUCAUGGUAUGGACGGACGGAACGCUGGCGGGAUGUUCGCCCAUAACAUUCAGCAUGGAUUACCACAUGCAUACGCAAUAGGAACCGGACCCACAAGUCACCACAGUCCAAGCACAGACGCAAGUCCAGGCGCGAGCGGAAUGGGCUUCGAAAGCUCACCCACAACAACCGCACAUACACCCACGGCAACGCCUCACCCCUACCGCGCACCUAAACGGCAGGACGCCAAACCCGGCCCAAGCCAAAGAUUUGGCCCUUCCUCCGUCCUAGGAAAACGGACCCGCGACGCUUCAUCCAUCUACGACACCGUUCACGAACCUUACUCCUACACCGCUGGCUUCCACGGCCUGACUGCCUUCCUUCAACGGCGGUUCUCCCCCACCAAAACGCUCCGCAUCGCCAAAUCCCUCGCUUCCAUCCGCCCCUCCUUCAUCUCCUGCACUAAAGCCCUCAAUCGCCAAGACCUAAUAUUCAUGGAAAAGUGUUUCCAGCGCACUCUAUUCGAGUAUGAGGAAUUCAUGCACAAUUGCUGCACGCCCACCCUCGUGUGUCGACGUACUGGCGAAGUGGCAGCUGUGAAUACGGAGUUUACGCUGUUGACGGGUUGGCGGAAGGAGGUCUUGCUCGGCAAAGAAGCGAAUCUGAAUAUCAACACUGGGAAGAGUAUAGAUAGUUCCGGCCCGAGCAGUCUAGGUAACUCACGGCUUGCGACGCCCCGAAUGCGCCCUCUUAGUCUAGCCGAUACCCAAGGCAAGGACGGGAAACCACAGCCGGUAUUCCUAGCCGAGCUCCUCGACGACGAUUCCGUCAUCGAGUUCUACGAAGAUUUCGCGAAGCUGGCGUUUGGUGAUAGUAGGGGUAGUGUUACGACGCGUUGUAGGCUCCUGAAAUACCAGACCAAGGAAAAUAUGGAGGGUAGUCCCGAAUCCACCAAAGGCGAUGAGAAGAAUAAGCAGAAGGAACGGACGCCUGGUGGAAUUGGCGGCAUGGGGAAUCGGGUGAGGGAGAUUGAUGGCGAGCAUGGGAUUGGCCGCCUCGAGAGGGAUGGGAAGAUGGAUUGUAGUUAUUGCUGGACGGUCAAGAGGGAUGUUUUUGAUAUUCCCAUGUUGAUCGUUAUGAACUUCCUCCCUUGCAUCUAA